AUGUCCUCACAGCUUGUAUGGUUGAUUACUGGGACAACUUCAGGACUCGGACGCGAUCUCGCACUCGAAGCGCUGAAACGUGGGGACAAAGUCAUCGCGACAGGUCGUGCCCGGUCUGUUACCAAGCUCGCCGAUCUGAAGGAAAAGGGCGCCGAUGUCCUGGAGCUGGAUGUCACUGCUACUCUUGAGGAUCUCCACGAAAUCGCAAAGAAAGCCAUUGCUAUCCACGGGCGUGUCGACGUCCUCGUGAACAAUGCAGGGUACAUCUUAGUUGGAGCCAUCGAAGAAAGCACUCCUCAAGAGACCUUGGAUCAGUUCAACACAAAUGUAUUCGGUGCUUUGAACGUCACCCGGGCUUUCUUGCCUUAUAUGCGUGAAAAGAAAACUGGAACCGUUGUUUUCAUAGGAUCUAUCGGAGGAUGGAGGUCGGUGCCCUAUGCGGGACUAUAUGCCACAACCAAGUGGGCACUUCGAGGAAUUUCCGAGACCCUCCACGAUGAAAUUUCACCCCUUGGCCUGAGGAGCAUCUGCAUCGAUUUUGGCUACUUCCGCACCGCGUUCUUGGCUGCUGACCAGCGCGCGCCGCAAGUUGCUCGUAUUUCCGACUACCAAGAGACGUCUGAACGUGCCGAGGCUGCUCUUCAGGCAUACAACGGAAAGCAACCUGGCGAUCCUCUGAAAGGCGUAGCGGUCAUUGCCGACGUUGUUAAAGGCGAAGGUGGGGCGGCAGGAAAACCCUUCCCGCGUAGUCUCGCUCUUGGGACGGAUUGCUACACUGGCGCGAAGAAGUCGAGUUUGGAAGCGAUCGAGAGGUUGGAGGCAUGGAAGGAGGUCUCGUUCAGUACCGACUAUUAG